AUGUUUGGCGCAUUGAAUCGCUUUAUUGGCCGGUUGGAUGGGGAGCCGGACCAACAGCCUCGAAAUGGGCCCAGCGACAACGCCUUUGGGUUUCAGGUCCUCCGCAACAAGGACCCUGAGCUGCCGCUGGAGCCGUGGUUCGACUUUAUCGUGGGAAUUAAUGGCCAUAUGAUUGAAGACCCAGACCCCAAUCUCUUCGUGACAGAAGUCCGCAAUUGCGCCGGGUCAAGCCUGACCCUCGAAAUAUGGAGCGCAAAGGGCCAAAGAACCCAUACAGUUGCCGUUCCUGUACCGGCAGGAAGUACGUCGCUCGGCCUUGCGCUGCAGUUGGCACCCCUCACCUCCACUCAGCAUAUCUGGCACGUCCUGUCGAUUCCCUCCCCGCUGAGCCCGGCAUAUCGUGCGGGCCUGCUUCCUCACUCAGAUUAUAUCAUCGGCACUCCGAGCGGGACGUUACGCGGGGAAUCGGCACUCGGGGAAUUGGUAGAGGACCAUUUGGACCGGACUUUGGUACUUUGGGUCUACAACAGCGAGUUCGAUGUAGUGCGUGAGGUGGAACUUAUCCCGACGAGAGGAUGGGGCGGCGCGGGUGCAGUCGGCGCCGAAUUGGGAUACGGUGCGCUGCACCGGCUACCUGUUGGCCUUGGAGAGGAAGUGGAAGGACCUGGCGAGGUUGUCUUUGAAACCCGCGAUGACGGGACAUAUGCGCCGGCCGGGGCGCCUACAACUGCUGUUCCAUAUAUGGGAGCGCCGUCAGGGAACUUUUUGGUCCCUGCCAACAUGGCAUCGCCGCCACCUCUUGCUCCUCCACAGACAGGGAUUUCCCCGUCCCCAGAGGGUAAAUCACCAGCGGGCCGUCGUGGAGGGAAACCUCGGAAUGCUGGCGUCUCGCCUCACCGAGCCUUUGACGAAUACUUUGCUGAGGGCGAGCAGAAGAGUCGAGAGCAGGACUAUGCUCCCUCGCGGAAGGGCACUCCUUUGCCCCCGCCGCCCAAACUGGGGGUUUCACCAUCCGAUGAGGGGAGUCCGGGACCUGCAACCGAAGCAACAGAGGGGGCGACAGCCCAAGGAUGA